AUGUCUGUCCAAGAGGUCACAACCACUGCUUUUAAUGACCAAAAACCAGGUACUUCUGGUCUCCGAAAACGUGUCAAAGUUUUUGAGCAGGCCAAUUACACCGAGAACUUCAUCCAAGCCAUAUUAGAUGGCAUGCCAGCGCCAGGGGUCAAAGACUCCACUCUGGUCGUGGGAGGGGAUGGAAGAUAUUACAGUCCAGAAUGCAUUCAAAAGAUCAUCAAGCUGGCAGCCGGUAAUCAAGUCAAGCACUUAAUCAUCGGCCACAAGGGGAUACUCUCGACCCCCGCCGUCAGCAACCUCAUCCGAAAACGAAAAGCCGAUGGUGGGAUUUUGUUGACUGCCAGUCAUAAUCCCGGUGGCCCUAAUGCAGACUUCGGGAUCAAAUACAACGUGUCUAACGGCGGCCCGGCACCCGAAGGGGUGACCGACAAAAUUUACGAGAUCACCAAAACUCUCAAGAGUUAUAAGAUGAUCGAAUUACCUGAAGUUGAUCUCUCAAAACUUGGCCCACAAAAUCUCGGCCCAAUCAGUAUUGAGAUAGUCGAUUCCGUCGCCGAUUAUCUCGUUCUACUCAAAUCAAUCUUCGAUUUUGAUAGCAUCAAAGCUUACCUCCACGGUAACCCACCGCCACUGAAAGUCUUAUUCGACGGAAUGCACGGUGUCACGGGUCCUUAUGGACAAGCUAUCUUUGUCGAAACCCUCGGUCUUUCGGCUGAAUCGAUUCAAAAUUGUGUAUCUAGCCCCGACUUUGGUGGCGGGCAUCCGGACCCCAAUUUAACGUACGCUCACGAGUUGGUGGCCCGGGUCGACAAGGAGAACAUCGGCUUUGGGGCUGCCUCGGAUGGAGACGGAGACCGAAACAUGAUUUACGGGAAGGAUGCGUUUGUGACCCCAAGUGACAGUGUGGCUAUCAUCGCCGAUUGGGCCCAAGAAGCCAUCCCUUACUUCAAAAGCGGCAUCAAAGGAUUAGCGCGUAGUAUGCCCACCAGUGGCGCCAUCGAUUUGGUUGCCAAAGCGAAAAAACUCGAAGUGUUUGAAGUACCCACCGGAUGGAAAUUCUUCGGUAACUUGAUGGAUGCCGGUCGCUUGUCUAUUUGCGGGGAAGAAUCCUUUGGGACCGGAUCAGAUCACAUUCGAGAGAAGGAUGGAUUGUGGGCAGUAGUUGCAUGGCUUUCAAUCCUUGCCGCUGCCGAGAAACGAGGAAUUAAGAAUGGGAUUAAGGGUGUCCUCCAAGACCACUACAAGAAAUACGGCCGAAGUUUUUUCUCCCGUUACGAUUACGAAGAAGUUGAUUCGGUUGGAGCGUCGAAGAUGAUGUCACACAUCGAGUCCGCCUUUGGUAAGGAUGACUUUAUCGGCAGCUCGCUCAGCUCGGAGACUAGCAGCACCAGCUUCAAAGUCAAAGAAGCCGGUAACUUCAGCUAUACCGACCCGAUCGACAAGAGCGUCUCCAAGGGGCAAGGGCUGUAUGUCAAGUUCGCCGACGGAAGUAGGAUCGUGUAUCGUCUAAGCGGAACUGGAAGCGCCGGUGCGACCAUCAGAAUUUACGUUGAGAAAUAUAGCCAAAACGAGCAGGAGUACGAUCAAGAUACCCAAGUCGGUUUGAAACCCUUGAUUGAAGUGGCCUUGAAGCUAUCUAAGUUGCAACAAUUCACUAGCCGCGAAAAACCUACGGUUAUCACCUAA